AUGAUGAUAAUCCAGACACAAUUAGAUGAACUACUAACGUUUCCAGUUAUCACAAAGGAUAACAAAGCAGAAUCAAUUCGACAAUUUAUUUGGUAUAUCCAGACACAUGUAUCGUCGCUCAAGGUACUUGCACAGCCGGUUAAUUACUGGGAAACAAUCAUAAUUCAUUUAGCGAAGAAAAAACUCGAUUUCAUUGAGCAACGUGAUUGGCAAGAUACGGUCAAGGAUAAAACACCAGAAGACAUGCCGACAUUGACAGAAUUUCUCAAAUUUCUCAAUGAUCGGUGCCAUAUAAUUAGGGUACUUGAGCAGGGAAAGACAAAGGUGAGUAAUGGAAAACAGCAACAGAAGAUUGAAACAAAGAAGGAGAAAGGAGAGAAAAGGGUCACUCUGUCGACUAUAAGGGUGAAUUGCAGAUAUUGUAACGACGAUCAUCCAACCUAUAAAUGCGAAGAACUUUUAAAGCUUUCGGCACCUGAAGGGACGAAAAGUGUAAUCGAAAAGAGGUUAUGUAUUAAUUGUUUCGCACCAGGGCAUUUCGGACGGGACUGUAGAGGUUCUUCAUGCAGGAAAUGUGACAGGAAGCAUAAUACGCUUCUCCAUAUAGAAAAGGAGGAGCCCACAACUCAAGGGAAUUCAAAGAAUAAUUCAAUCGUAACGCAUGUUCGGGCGGAAGAUGACAAGACAAUCAAAGAAGAAGAUUCCGUGGCGAUGAAUAUUUACUGCGCACAUAAUAAAGCAGCGAGAGUCAUGUUAUCAAUAGCACAGGUAUACGUACGUGACUCCGACGGUAAUCAACAAGCAUGCCGUGCACUGUUGGAUCCAGGUUCGCAACUAAAUCUAAUCACCACAAGUCUGCACAAAAAACUGAAGCUGCCUUGUACAAGAGAUGAGCGGCACAUUAAUGAUGGAAUGUCUGGUACUUCCAAGGAUCACAGAACAGUUGCCACAAACGAAGAUAGAUAUAGCAAAAAUCUAGUUCCAAGAGAUGCUCAGUUAGCAGACCCCGCGUAUAACAUUCCAGGCCCUAUUGAAAUUUUAAUAGGAGCAGGUGUAUACUGGAAGAUACUAAUAGGCGCACCGAAGAAUCACCGCGAAAAUCAGCCCUCGUUGCAGAACACGCAACUCGGAUUGAUAAUCGGAGGAGAAAUAAACGAAAAUGUCUCAGAUACGAAGCCUUCUUGCAAUUUAAUUACAAAUAAGGAUUUACAUGAUCAACUCGAAAGGUUCUGGAUACAAGAAACAGUGCCUGAAAAACAAUUGCAAUCUAAAGAAGAAAUAGAUUGCGAAAGGUAUUUUUCUAAUACAGUCAAGCAAGAUCAAAGCGGCCGAUUCAUCGUACGUUUGCCCAUGCGGCAAGAUGUCGUGUUGGGAGAGUCUAAGCAGAAAACACUUGAAAGGUUCAAGUCGCUGGAAAGAAGACUGGAUAAAAACACGAAACUAAAGAACGACUACACUUCAUUUAUGCAAGACUAUUUGAAUAAGGGUCACAUGUCAUAUUUCGCAGACUACGGGGAAUCUCAGCCCUUAGACGUCUAUUUUAUCCCUCAUCAGCCAGUAAUACGUCCGGAUAGUAUGACAACGAAAUUAAGAGUUGUUUUUGAUGCGUCAGCCAAGACUACGCUCAAUACGUCGCUAAAUGACAAACUCAUGCCAGGUCCUAAUCUUCAACAGGAUUUACAAGGAAUCGUGAUCAGAUUCAGAGUACGCCAGUUUGUUUUAACGGCGGACAUAACAAUGAUGUUUCGUCAGAUUUUAAUUGAUUCUCAAGACAGCCGGUUCCAACUCAUACUAUGGAGGUCUGAUCGAGACCAGCAAAUACAGAAUUUUCAGUUGAAUACGGUCACCUAUGGGACAGCAUGUGCUCCGUUUCUGGCCAUGCGGCGCUUGAGGGAAUUAGCCAAGAUUUACUGUCACGAGCUCCCGAGAGCAGCGAAAGCAGUAUUAGAAGAUUCAUACAUGGAUGACUUCCUGACAGGAGAAAAUGGAGAUCAAAUGAGAUCAAUCCUAGCAGUACAGCACUUAAAGGAAAACAGUCCAUCAGACGAUCUGCUUAUUAUUGAUAAAGAAGAAGCCCUCAAAACUUUGGGACUCCAUUGGAACGCGGUUUCCGAUGAGUUGCAGUACAAGCCAGACAUAUCUAAAAUUGACUCAUGCACGAAAAGAAAUGUGCUCUCCAAGAUAGCGCAGAUCUACGAUCCACUCGGUUUGGUGGGACCGAUACUUAUCACUGGUAAGCUCAUUAUGCAACAGAUAUGGAAACAGGAAAUCAAUUGGGAUCAGGAACUCCCACCCGAAUUUAAGGUUGCGUGGAAAAAUUACUAUGAAUCCCUGUUAAGUCUUAACAAGCUCAAAAUACCCAGGAAUAUUAAUCCAAUUAACUGCGAGAGUAAGGUGGAUUUAUACGGCUUCGGGGAUGUCUCGGAACGCGCGUUUGGUGCUUGUAUAUACUCGGUUAGUACGGAUAACCAAGGUAACAUUCAGUCGCACUUAAUCUGUGCCAAGUCCAAAGUGGCACCACUUAAGACUAUAUCUCUACCACGCCUGGAGUUGGAAGCAGCGCUACUUCUUUCUCAACUAUACAGCAAUGUCAAGACGGCUUGCCAAGGCAAGAUAGGUAAAGUGCGACUAUGGAGCGAUAGUACAAUUACCCUGGGAUGGAUUCAAAGGCAACCUUGCGAUCUCAAGACGUUUGUCGCCAACAGGGUGACAAGGAUUCAAAAUCUCACAGAAGAAGCUUUAUGGCGGCAUGUAACAUCUGAAGAAAACCCCGCUGACCUGCUUUCAAGAGGGGUGACAGUAGAAAAUUUACAGGGAAGCGACCUUUGGUGGCAUGGUCCACAUUGGUUAAGGAACUCAAAUCCGCAACCAACAGAGAGCCUUGAACCGGACGAAGAGUUACCGGAGUUAAAGGCUACAUCUGUGGCUUUAACUAUGACAGCGGAAUCGGAAAUAUUGAUGAGAUAUUCAUCUUACAGUAAACUAUGCAGAAUAAUAGCGUAUUGUCAUCGGUACCGACGAAACCGAAGAAACAAAAAGAAAAUAGGUCUUCUAGAAAAGGAAGAACUUGAAAAUGCAGAGAAGACUAUUGUCCGGUUAGUACAAAGUAAAGUCUUCGCAGAAGAGCUACGAUGUCUCCGUAACAAAGGGAUGCUACCCCGCAAAAGUAAGUUGAUCCCGUUGGCUCCCUUCUUAGACGAAGAAGGUUUGAUUCGCGUAGGAGGCAGACUUAGACAUGCCGAAAUCGCUCAAUGUAAGAAGCACCCCAUUGUGAUGCCAGCUAAGCAUCACGUAACAACGCUUGAUAAUGAGGAAGCGACAUGA